CUCAUAACCCAACUGCAGAUGAUGAUUAACUCCACACAGGUUUUGUUGUUCACACUAACUGCUUACUUUCACUCUGAUGUUCUGAAGUAUUUGUAUUUCAGUGUUGUUCUGUGUCUGUAUGUCCUGAUCGUUUGCUCCAACGUCCUGCUGAUCGCGGUGAUCUGUGUGAACCGGACCUUACAUGAACCCAUGUACAUGUUCCUCUGCAGCCUGUUUGUGAACGAACUGUUCGGCAGUUUAGGUUUGUUUCCCUUCCUGCUGGUCCAGAUCCUCUCCGAUGUUCACAUCAUUUCUGCUCCGCUCUGCUUCCUGCAGAUCUACUGUGUUUACACCUACGCUCACAUCGAGUUCUGCAACCUGGCCAUCAUGUCGUAUGACAGAUACCUGGCCAUCUGCCGCCCCUUGCAGUACCACACCCUGAUGACGCCGUCCCGGAUCGCCAGGCUGGUCGCGCUCACCUGGCUCUUCCCUCUCCUUGAGUCUGUAGCAGGAAUAUUAAUGACCGUCUCUCUGCAGCUCUGCGGAAACGUCAUCCAUAAAAUCUACUGUCACAACUACUCCAUCGUUAAGCUGGCCUGCGCAGACACCACAGCCAGCAACGUUGGAGGAAUAGUUUACAUGUUCACCAUAAUCCUGGGGAUUAUCAUCUUAAUCCUUUAUUCAUACGCUGAGAUCCUGAAAGUGUGUUUCUCUGGAUCCAAGCAGACCCGGCAGAAAGCGCUCAGCACCUGCGCGCCUCACCUGGCCUCGCUCAUUAACUUCUCCUUCGGAUGUUUCUUUGACCUGUUUCAGAGCAGGUUGGACGUGAGAGGAGUUCCUGAGGUGCUGCAGGUCGUUUUAUCGCUGUACUUCCUGACCUGCCAGCCGCUCUUCAACCCUCUGCUGUACGGACUCAACCUGUCAAAGAUCCGCAGCUUCAGCAAACGGCUGGUUCUGGGGACGAGCUGA